GGCGGCGGGAAGCUCGCGAUUAGGCGCAGUGUCGGUGGUGGUGGUUGUUGUUGUGACUCCGGGCCGAGGCCUGUGCCGUGGCACGAGCCUGGCCCCUCGCAUGGCGCGCACAGCCCGAAGAAGCGGGCCAGAGGCGGCGGGAUGAUUCAGGCGAGGGGCACGCCUCGGUCGAGAGCCGGGCCUCGUGCUUUAAACUGCAAUAAACCGGUUAAGCGCGUGUACGGAAUUCGUGCCCUUUCACGUCCGAAACAAUCUGGAUAACCCAUAGAACAUGCAUGAGGAAUAUGUAUGAGUAUAUAAAACAAAGUGAUCGAGGCUACUCUCCCCGCAGUCUUGCGCUACCCCCGAAUUCGUACGCUGUCCCCUAAUGUAGCGAAGUCAACGCCACUCCCGUUUGCAUCUCUUACACGUAUUGUCACGCAUCAAAACAACACACGACAUGUAGCGCGCUUGAUCCUAACACCCUUCCCCCUCGCUGAUCACAGUCACGCGACACUCGGGAUCUUAAAUACAACCCAUCGCAGCAAUGUCUCCCCUCAAACCCCUAUCAACACCCCCGCUACCGAGAAACAAACUGCUCGUGAAUUGUGAUAUAAUUAAGUCGUGUGUUACUUUAAAACUGAUUACAGUGUGUUCAUUUGUGUGUGUGCUCCCUGCACAUGCCAUACCUGCCAACCCCUUAUCAGUGUCCUACCUAAUGACAUCAAUUCAGAUCUUAUUGGUCACCCCGUGCCCUUGUAAAUCUCAACGUUCACCCUACAAAGUCCCAUCACAAGGGAGAACACAAACAAAUAAGCAUAUUUUGGGUUACUAAACAAAAACUGUUUUAUGUAUUAAUUUUGAUAAUUGGUGUCAAUACUACUUAUGUUGCUGCUUGCUUGAUAUGUGGAUGCACACACGUUGUAAAUGUACAGCAAUAAACACAGAAAAUUACGAAGGGUUAAACAGCUUUUGUUUUUAUUUGGCCGUAUAUAUUUUUUGUUGUUGCGCUCUUGAAACGGCUGUACGCUGUAUGGACCUGAACACUCUAUUUCCCUGUACAAUACGGGGUAAACCAUAUGGGUUGACAACUAUGACAUGCGGCCAUUUACAUGAUCUGUACCAGAAUGCUACCAGUGCACCUAAAUGACCCCAAACCACAAAACCCUCGACCACAACCCCUAUCCAACCCUAGUAACUCACGACUCCGAAAUCAAAACCUAAACCUCGUAAACAAAACCACAUUUUAACAAUUAAAGCCCAACUGCGCACUACAAAUGCACUCUUUUAAAUCUUCCCAGAUUUAGUGUAAUUUAAGCGUAUGGUUCGGAAAAUGUUACUCAUUGUUUGCUUUGUUCCUAUGAACGUGUACAUGUACGGUUCAGUUCACCCUUUAGAGUAAAAACAGACUAUAAAGGCAAUUGGCAAAGUAUGCGUGAACUUGUAAGUAAAGAUUUUCCAUAUUAACCAGAUGACAGAGUUAUGACAAAAGGUAAACCAUAUAUAUAAUGCACAUAAACAUCCGUGUGUAAUCCGAGCAUACUGUAGCUAACCCAGAUUAUAGACGUUAGAAAUGCACAGAAUUAUUAACGAUGCGUCGUAGACCCCUAUGUGAACAUACAUAUCAGUACAUUUUUAAACCCUUCCACCACCUAAAUCAUUUUAUAAACAUACGACAAGGAAUAGUUACUUCGACGUAUUCUGCAGCUCACGAUAAUAUAAUUUGUCCCUGGUUGCAUAUGGACGUUAUAAUAUUUAAGAGAAAGAAAUGCUUUCAACCUAAACCUAAUCGUAAACACUUGAGCCGCUCUGGAUUUUUGAUCCACGAUUAUUCCCAGAUGUUAAGCAGCAAAUAUUUCGUAUCCUUAUACUGUAUAUAUAUUUUUUGCUACAAAACUAGCACGGCCCACUCAUUUGCACGGGAUACACGUCCAGAGUAGAGCUUUGGCCGAACGCUGUGGGAUGUGGGUGACAUCACGCAGAUGUGGGCGCUGACAUCAACCAUGUAGCCAGCCAGCAAAACUUUUCGAAUAUGCAUCUUAAUAUUUCGGAUGAAAGUUAUCUGACAGUGGAAUAUAUCUUCUGCACACCUGGGUUCAAUUUCAAUUGUAAUUAUGUAUUUUUUGUAAUGAAUUACAAUCACAAGGUAACUGUCAUUUUUGCUGACAGUGAAUGCUGUAUUGUAAUGAUAAUUGACCACUCUUGCUUUUCUGUGUCACCCUCACAGGCUGAGAUGGAGGAACACGCGAUGUCACUGUUAGCGCAGCUCCGCGCGCAGCGUGCCCGUGGAGAUUUUUGUGACUGCAUGUUUGAAAUUUCCGGGGGAGCCACAUUCCCAGCACACCGCGCCGUUCUCGCUGCCUUCAGUCCCCAUCUGGCGGCGCUGUGCUGCGGUGUUUCUGACAGCGUCCCAUCGCGGAUCCUUGAGCUGCACUCGCCGCCCAACGGGGGAGGACAGACGCCCAAGGAGGACACUUUUCCUUCAGGAAACAACACAGCAGAUGCGUACACGCACGGAAACUGCCGUGUUAUUAUGGCUCAAGAAAGCGCCACGUCGACAGGAGAUUCGCGCUUCGAUAAUGGUGCGGCCAACGGAAUGGAGGACACCGCUGGGAUGAGCGGUCAGAGAAGAGCGAUGGCAACAAAGACGGGAUCACAGAGUGGCUCUGGCAUCGCUUUGGUCACUCUGAACAACAACAUCAUAAGCCCCUGCGCCAUCGCUGCCGUCUUGGAUUUCAUCUAUUCUGGACAAGUUAGGCUGAAUGGGUGCAGUGCCGAGGAGCUGAAGUCCGCGGCGCUUCAUAUGCAGGUGGAAGCUCUCACGACGCUCCUACGCACGCAAGGGGUGGACGGACAGAUUUCCACGUGCAAGCAGAAUGUACCCAGCCCCUCCCACCCGGAGGCGGCGGCGACAACGGUUACGUCCAGCAAUGGUGCGUGGGUACCGGUGGCGUCGGCGUUGUCGUCUUCGCGAAGGCGCGGAUUCGCCGUGCCGAACCGGCCGCGCUCGGACGCGCUGGAGGAGCUUCUGCUUCGCCAAAACGUGGAGCAGGGUCUGAGCCCCGUUGCGGCAUCGACAGAAGACGCCACUUCUAAAGCCGUCACUCCGGUAUCCUCUCUGUCGCCGUGCCACUCGUCACCACCAUUAUCUUCGGAUGAACUGGAAGAUGAGCAGCACUCCGAUACCCCGGCGCAGAGCACCGGUGAAACCGGGAGACUGGUGGAGAACAACUUCAAAGAGUUUGAGCACGAUGGGAUUCGUAACAGCAACGGCAGCGUAACGGAUGUCGUAAAAGGUGCUAUGGUAAAUGAUUCAGCACCCGCGCCUCUGACUUGUCAUGUGGGUGAUGUUCAAAGCAUGGCAGCAGUAGAUGAAAGGGAAUCGAAGCAGACAUCAGAAGAAGAAUGCAGAAGCGUGGAUGGAGCAGGAGACACGACAUUGAGUGAUGGCGGGAACAGUUCGGCGUCGGGACAGAGAGAGACGCGUAAAAACCAGCGUAAACAACGCUUACCAGUGAAGCAGACCGAUCUGUGCUGGUCGUCUCCAGGCCAGCGACCCAGCUUCCGCAGACGCAGCCGGGCCAACGUCGCCAACCGCAGGAGGCGGGCGCUGAGCUUGGAGACGACGUCGUCGGAGUUGUGGCCAGGGAACGGUGCCGAGGCGGAGCGGGACGUUUCGAGCGUAUCCGAUCGGUCAUCGGACGGGAGUUCGGAAGGGCGUUACGAGAGGCCACGCGGCGCAAAAAGCAGUGGCAAAAGGGGCCCCGCCGUGGCUUCCGACAGAAAGGCAGCGCGCCGGAAAAUCCGGCGCGUGGCUGCUCCCAAGGUGGCAGUGUCGGUGGCGGCAGUGGAGAGGAGCGUACCGGCGGGGGAGGCCGCCGGGCGCUGCUGCACAAACAGCACCCCAGCCUCCGCAAGGGCCCCCACGGGGCACGUCGGUGAAAAGGAGAGCUGGAUGGAUGCCGGCUUUCCGACCCAACCUUCGGACGCCGAACAAGCCUCCUCCGAGAUGACCGGAAGCAGCUGCGCAAGCAACGGCAAGGCACCCGAGCAGAUCCCCCCGGGGGCCAGCGAAGAGGCCAGCGAAGAGGCCAGCGAAGAGGCCAGCGAGGAUGCCAGUGAGGAGGCCAGCGAGGAGGCCGGCCGGCACGCACACGCGCCGGGCGGCUGGCCGGACACGUGGACGCCUACGGGCUUGGAAAGAGAUGACGGUGGGAACGACCCGGCCAGCGUGCGCCUUUCCAGGAGGAAGCCUGUAUGCCAAACGUGCGGGAAAGAGUUCUCGGAGCCGAGUAGCCUUCGGCGCCACGCGCGCAUCCACAAGGGCCUGCGGCCGUUCAUUUGCUCGCUGUGUGACAAGGCGUUCACGCAGGGCAACCAGCUCAAGACCCACAUGCGGAUACACACAGGUGAAAAGCCCUACGUGUGUGAAGUGUGCGGAAAGGCGUUCGCACAGAAGUGUCAAUUGGUGUUUCACACCCGCAUGCACCACGGGGACGAGAAGCCGUAUGGCUGCGACGUCUGCGGGCUGCGCUUCGCCACAUCCAGCAACCUCAAGAUUCACGUGAGCAGGAAACACAGCGGAGAGAAGCCGUACAUGUGCGACACGUGCGGGCAGCGGUUCGCUCAGGCGAGCACGCUCACCUACCACGUGCGCCGGCACACGGGCGAGCGCCCUUACGUGUGCAACGUGUGCGGCAGGACCUUCGCCGUGUCCAGCUCGCUCAUCACGCAUGCGCGCAAGCACACCGGUGAGAAGCCCUACAUAUGUAACACCUGCGGGAAAUGUUUUUGCUCCUCAGGGGAGCUAAAAAAACACUCGCGCUCGCAUACCGGCGAGAGGCCGUUUAUUUGUGAAAUAUGUGGAAACUUGUACACGGAUGCAAAAAAUCUGCGCAAGCACCUCAACCGCGUGCAUUUGGGUGAAAAAAUUUCCCAUAAGAAGACCGACAUGGAGGACUCUUCCACAGCAUACCUGAAAACAGAACCGAAAUCCGAGGCCGAUAUUCUACCCAUAGAGCAAUUGGUUGCCAUGACAACGUCCCACCUUCCCACGGAGGUGAUCGUCACAGACGGCGGCGGAGGAGGGCAGGCAUCUGUGACCAUAGCGACGGGGGAGGCCAACGCCCACCUGGUGUACCUCGCUUCACAGCUGUAUUGCGACCAGGCCUGAGCGCACGCGCCAGGCUAAGGCACAGGCACGGAUUCAACGUCGGGAUUGAAAUAAAACUAAAAACCAUUUUUUUCCUUUUUUAAACGGCCGGUGUACGAAACAAGACGUCGCCUUUUGGAAUGUAAACAAACGUGGUUCAAUGUGAAAACUUGCAAUGCGUGAUUUUACGGAAAUGUUCGUAUUUAAUAUAAAAACGCUGAAUGGACUGAAGUUGGGAUCAAACGUGCAGCACUUAUCCACAAGAGGGUUUUUUGUUUGUGUUAGAUCCUUGUCGUUAAACACCGCCACCGCCCCCGACACGGCCAAUUGGUAACGUUUGUCACGUAAACAAAACGUGCUGAUUUGUUACUAUUCAAGCACACCCGGUGUGUUGAAGAGUGAACCCACAGCAUUUACAAUUUAGUGAGUGCCAAAUUAUAGCGGAAUCAGAACGAGUGGCACGAGAGACCCCACGCGCGGCAGUCUCUCGCCCGCGAAGCUUGCGUGGCACUGUAGCUCGGUGCCGUCGGGGACACGCUGGCAUCCGCCUGGACACGCUGCCGUUAAAACGCCAACGUUCGUGUGGGCGGCGAGAGAGCCGUUGGCUUGUUUCGUGCUUUGUAGCCGUGGUGUGCGCGAUGCACCGUUAGGAAAUAGAAAAUUUGAGCGUUCUUUUUGACGAUCUCCAACGUCCCAAACGAAUGUCAGUCCCCAUUCCAAGGUUAGUUUCCAAGAUUAGCAUACAUUGUCCUUGCAGAAUAACAAAUCUACCGGGUUAAAGUUUUUCACCCGCAAUUUCUGAAAUGACGACGCUUUACGCACUCCAACCAAACUUUUUCAGUUGUCGAAAAACUGUAAAUAACAGAUGAGAGACUCGUGUGCUCAGUAAUAUUUCCCAUUUUUUGCCAAACGCUCGGUCAGUCAUGUAAUGUUUGGCAUGUAAAGACCCUGCAUGCCUUCACAAGUGGAAGUCAUUUCUACAUAGAACGUUAUAUAUUUAUCGUGCAUCUUUUACAAUUCAACACUCGUUUAAAUUGAGGUCGUCGUCUUUGUAGCUGGUCUGGUAUUUUUAACGCGAGGCUGCACCUCGCCCCUUGCUGCUCCUCAGCCGGUUCGCCAGUGAUGCAUGGAGAGCAUGAUGCCUGCUUUUUAUCAACCGGAAAUGUGCGUAUACACAAUGUGUGACCACGAUAUAUGGCUUCGCAAUAAUCCUUUCGUGAAGGCAAACAAAGAAAACCAUCUUUCGGGACAUAGACCCCCCCCCCCCCCCCCGAUCUCGCGGUAACGCUGCACGCGGCAGAGUCUCGAGCGCUUUUGGCGCCUUCGGUAAAGUGGCUGUCCGUCAGAUGUUCUCUGUAGAAUGCCAAGUGCACAGCACUCUUCGUGAUGGGAAAGCGCUGCCAAUGCAGGUGCCGAGAAUUCGGUGCUCUCGGAAGGUGUUAAUUUAGGCAAACGAUCGUGUAUUUAAAUUAUAGGUUGUGUGCUCUUUUAUAUCCUGGCUAUGAUUUCACGCAGUUUACUGUCGCAGGAAAAUAUCUUUUUUUUUCCUCAAUGUACAGGGUGCUUCAAAAAAAAUUACACUUAUAUGGGGCUAUCGUUUUUAAUGGAAUAAAGAACGGACAAUACACUGUAAAGUUAUCACAAAUGUAUGUUAAUAGCUUCAAAAAGUCAGUCUCCAUUUGUUCGCCAUCAUUGUCAACGCAUACCUGGAAUCUUCUCCAGGUGGUCUCCAGAGCCCGGAAGCACUUUUAUUGUGGUAUUGUUGCAAAUUCUCAGAAGUGUUAAACAAAAGUUUGACGUACCCUGUACUACACAUACAUACGAGUUAAUGUGCAUCUUGGAGGAAGACGGGUAGCAUCACUGAGCUGAACGCACCUUCAAGUAUGCAAUUCAAACAGCACCGUACGCAUACAAAAAUAAGGUCAAAGGACUGCAACUUUUUAAGAUGUAAUCAAAGGAUAUAUUUAAUAUAUUGCUUAGUGUAUUUAGCCUGAUUUUAUAGAGUAGUCUGAACCAUAGGAAUGUUUCAUUUACACCCGCUGGCUCAGCCACCGACAUGCACAUUACCUACUGCAUUGUAUUUGAGUCAUUGGUUUUUAAUUUGAAGUUCUCGUCAAUGAACGUUGAUGGCAGUUUUAAUAUGAAUGAAUCACGUGGGACAUUACACAUUUUUGCACGUCCCCAGCAGUGAGCAAACGCCUCGCGAUCGCUCAACUCCCGUGGCCACGUGGGGUGGAGGUGCCGUGGCGGCAGAGCGAGGCCACUCGUUGGACGCAAACCUGCCAGGCAGGGGUUGGUGGAUCACGGAGGUCUGAGAGAAACUCUUGAAAUCCCCCUCCCUCCACCCGUUGCGUUCCGACGAGCCAGGACCUUGUGGAUAUAGCAUUGCGAUCCGACUUAAAUCGAGGAGACCGCUUGGCGUGUCAUAAUCAACUUCACAUAAUUAUCAAUUGCGUACAAUUAGUUUGUCGUAUACAAUCCAUAUUUGAUUUUUGGGUUAGACCGUGUAGAUACGUGUCUGUUGAACUUCUUUCGCACCGUACGUAGCCAACCGUGCUAAUCGGAGGUGCGGGGGAGGGACAACAAACAACACAACAAAAAGCAGCUCUCAAGGGAAAAUGUGUGUUGUAAACCCUCUACCCGACAGCGAAUUUAUUAAAUUACGUGAACAAGCGGCGGGCAAUUGCCAGCAAUCCUGAAUGUGUUCAGAUGAUGCUGGUUGUAACUGGCAGCGAAACCUUGUACCAAGUUAAAUGUUGUGGAUUGUUCGCUCACACACCGCCAUGCUCAAGCAGUAAUAAGUUUGCACGUUCGUUUACGUGCGACAACUUUAUUAUGAAUUGGCCGCGUCAGGUGAAGGAGGAUGUACGGCAAACAUCCUUAAGCAGUCUAACCCAAACAUCGAUCGUGAACCAUUGAUUGCGAAGGCCUGCAUGUUAAACGUAAACAGUCCAUUGAGAUAGAAUGUAUUUAUAAUAGGACCAAAGUAAAACAAAGUUAGAUUGUAAAAAAAAAUACUGACUUGUAUAUGCUUUUAAAUGAGUAGUUUUGAUCGGUGAUCGCCUAAAAUCAAGUGGCACUGCAUCCUUUGCGGUAUUGUGUCGUCUUAAACGUAAAACUGCAGUCCAACUGCUCACGGCAAUUUUCGCCCAAUGCUUUUGUGUCAAAAUAGGAAAAUAAUUUAACAAUUUUUGUUAAAUUAUUGUUCACGUUUGCAUGUUCUCACCAUGAUUUGUUUUUCAGUUAUCAUUUGGAGGUGCACUUGACCUGUGCCCAUCAUCCUACAGAUGUCAAUCCCUUAUCAGUUGCCUACCUUAUUACAGACCGAUUCAGACCUUAUUGGUCACGCCGUGCCCUUAUAAAUCUCAACGUUCAUCCUAUAAAGUCCCAUCACAAGGGAGAAACACAGACAUGAUUUUGUUGUUUCCCGUAUUGAAAACGGCUGUACGCCGUAUUGACCUGAAAACGAAUUUUCCCUGCGUACAAGAAUACAGCGUGAACCGUAUGGGUUGACAGAUGUGUAAUCAUUUCGUCCAAAGCCAGCGAAUGCUUUACAUAAAAAAAAUAUCACUAAUGUAAAAAAAUUGCCAAAGUUUUUUUGUUUAAGGGAAACGUACAAUAGUACGGCAUUCGGAAGUUACUUCAGUUUGACGGGAUAUCAACCAACAACACUUGGGCCGGUAAUGUCCAUGCCGAGACUCGUUUUAGCACGAUAACACGGAACGCCAGUCAUUGCACUACAUCGACCAGAGAGAGCCACUAUCUCGCAUGUCAUCAACGGGAGCCAUUUAUUGAAUUACAGAAAACUAUGAAGGCGAUUAAUAUUUUAAUUGCCCUUCCCCCCCCCCCAAAUGUUCUGACCUUGCAUUUUGUAGCCGUUCUUUGAGCCCAGCGGGGGGGCCGCUUGUACCCUGACUUGCGGUGUUGGUAUGGUGCUAGGAAACGCUUGCAAUAUUGUACCUGCAGCGGUCUCUUCGUGGGCAUUUUGAAGUAUACGUUGAGCCGGUUUGAUAGCAUCCAAGGUCGUCGUUUGUACAGUAGCCCCCUCGGUUUACGAUGCCAAUCGAUUAACGAGAUUUUCAUUAAAGAUCCGCCUCUCCCCAUUGUUUCUAUUAACGGAACAUUUUCGAUUAACGUUUUUGUUUUACGGUGUCACGUGGCCCCGCCAAUUUCGGCCAAUCGGAGCGCUCCUAAAGUGGGCUCGGCAGCAGACCUCAGCCAAUCGGCGACGAUGAGCGUUUUGGGAGCAACUGCUGGCUUUUCAAUGUUUGGUGUGCGUUUAUAGAAAAAAGCUCUCUUUAAUACUUAACAUGUUCUUAUAACGUUUAUUAAUUAAAAUUGCGUGUUUCAAUAUUACAAAGUAUAUUUUUAGGGUGGGAAAAAAGGGCAACUUCUGAUCGUCUCGGAAGAAAUGAAGCCCUCUAAAUGUGCAUUUCCUACAUUCGAUUCACGAUCAUUUCAAUUAACGACGGGUCUUUCGUGGAACCCAUUAACAUCGUUAACCGAGGGACCCUAUCGUAUUGAUAAUUCGGGACUCAGGAGAGCGGUUUAACAACGCGGUGUAGUACCACCUGAUGGAAUGCCAAAUAGUUUGCGAACCGCUUAUAAUACAACUAAAGAAACCCUUUCAAACUGUACAUUGACCCAUGCAUGCGACGUGAAUGAAUAAUAUUUUACAUUUAUAAAGCGCCCUUUAACAAUCAUUCUCAGGGCCGCUAUGAACUCGGGUAAACCUAGGUUAAUGCAUCUGGUUUGGUGAAUGCAUCAGUUUUGAUGGCAGGAUCUGCUUCGUUAUACAUUUGAAGUUUGAAACACAGGGUGAUCCGUUUAUAGAUACCCCUCCCCCCCACGAAAAUAAUAGGGAUAUUUUUUUUAAUUAAGAAAACGGCAUUUGAAUGCGAAGCUCCGAUCUCAAUACAGUGGACGUUAUUGUUUUACAACUCACCUGGUGCACUUGUCCAACCUAGCCAGUGUGAUUUGUUUUGACACAUAUGAGGCUUUCGCGACCAACAUUAUCCAUAAGAUAGUUUUUUUGGAUUAGAUCGCGUAACUAUAGAUGUGUCGUUAAACCCGCCACCACCCGACACGGCCAAUUAGUAUGGUUUGUCACGUAAACAAAACAUGCCAAUUCGCUACUAGUACAGCACACCGGUUGUGUGUUGGAGAGUAACCCCACAACAAUUUCUACGUUUUAUUUUCGUAACCUCAUUAAUUCGCUGUGUCGGGUGGUGGCGAGUUAAACAACGCGUUUAUAUUUACGCGAUCGAACCCGAAAGAAACUCAUGGAUAGUUUAAAUGAGGACAUACACAUACGGAGAUAUGCCAAGAGACGAAACGGGGCAGGUUCCAAAUGUGUGGGGGGCAGCAGCUUCGUUCAAAUGCGUUUCGAUCCAAAUUAUGCGACGCGAAAUCCGAUAACCAUUAACAGACAAUUGUACACGCGUGCGUGCGUCGCAGCUAAUGGAAGAUGGGCCAAACCCCAACGUGUUCCAUUGUGGGGGGAGUGGGGGGGUGGUGGGGAGGGUGGUGGGGGUGGUUCAUCCAACGCAACCUCCUCUUGUAACCCAGUCGCACGUUGCUGCACGGGGAGCGAGGCGUGGAUGGUAUUGAACGCGAACGCCGUGUGCUGGUAUCGCUGUCGGGAUCGAUGUCGCGCGUGAAGGGCUCCUCCGGCGGAGCAAGGUCGCUUUCCUGCAGUGAACGGUGGCCGUUUUGGGCGGGUAAGAAUGUGUUGAGCAAUCGGGGGUUUCAUCGGAACUGGCAGACCAGAAUGGGGCACUCGGUCGGGGUGUUGUCGGUCUAUCAAAUGAAACUAAUCUAAAUCAUGUGUUUUAUUGUACCAGGUAUAAGGCCCAUUCGAGCUAUAAAACAACCUGGCCGCAAAUUAUAUCUCUACGAAGUGGCUUAUUUGGAACUUUAUCGCAGCUUAAAUCCUCAUAAACGCGGAGAAAAGUCCUGACCACGGGGGAGAGAGACACAUGCAAACUCCAAAUAUACAAGCGUUGGGUCAGGAUCGAACCUACGACCUGUAUAACAGGCGAGGGAUUUCAUCUCGCCAACCAAAUCCUGGUUGGGGGUUGACUCAGCCCAUCGUCUCUCUGUGAUCGAUACAAUAAAUGGAUCACCCUGCACUUCGUUCAUUGUAAUCAUCGGAGCGAUACAUUUGAGUUGAUCGGCUGUGUGAGACUGUGCCUGUGCACGUACGAUGUGUUUACGUUGUGUUUAUGCCGGUUUAUCCCAAAAGGUUUGUGUAACCUUCAAUCAAGUACCUUUGAAGCUGUGCUACUUUAUAGGCAAGAAAUGUUGUUGGUUAUAAAUUAAUAAAACAAAUGCUUGAAUAAAAA